AUGGAUCCUUUAAGUUCGCUCCCACAGCGAGUCUGGCAUUGAGCAGCCUAGCUUUGUGUGACUGGCUUCUAGAGUUGAACAGAAUAUCACAACUGAGUUUUCGGUUAUCAUCGAAACGUUAAAGUGGAGAAGUAGCAGCAGUUGUUCACGCGAGGUAGCACGCGCAGUGUAACCACGGUAACAAAAAACGUCAAGAGCGUUAACUAUAGAUGGCGACGUUAACGCUAGCUAGCUAAAGCUAUAUCCAUAAACUGUAUGAAACAGUUCGGUAUAAGUCUCACAGAUACUGCUUUAAAAAAUGGCUGAUGAUUACACAGUGACAAAAUCACGAUCCUGUUCCUCUGAGUCUACGGCUGACGUGGGAUCUCCUCCUUGUGACUCAGAUGUUUUGAGUGCCUCGCAAACGGAAUAUGCAAAUAGGGACUUUGUUAUGAUGCUACCUGGAGAAAAGCUAAAAUACUUGGAAAGCCGAGCUCAAGCCCAUGAAGACAGCCAAGAGUUUGAUGCUUGCAUCCAGGACCUUGUACGUUGUGUGGCUCUGACUAGGCUGGUAUAUGGGGACAGACAUCUGAAACUAGCCCAUGCCCACGGCAGACUGGCAAAAGCAUAUUUCCAGUUCAAAGGCUGGGGACUGCAAGCCCGCGAGCACUCGGCCCUGGCCAGGGAGCUGCUGCCUUUCUGCUCCUCCAUCUCCUCCAGCAGGGAAGAAAAGCUCGAGGUUCUCAUGUGUCUCCUGAGUGUACACCUCACUCAGGGAGGUGCCUCACUGAUUACAUCCCACCUUGAGGAGGCAGAAUCGUCUUUUCUGCAGGCAGAACAUAUUGUUGAGGAGCUUCAUCAAUGCGGUGGCAUCAGUCGAGAGGAGCGGAUAAAAAAUGAGCUGGAAAUAUCCACUAGUCUAUCCAGGGUCUAUAAGAAACACAACAGACCAGAGGAGGCAUUAAUUCAGUGUGAGAGGUCUCUGCAACUGCUGAAGGACUGUGGUCAACCAGAGAAGACGUGCUCUGUCUAUAGGGACAUGGCUGUCAUUGAACAAGACAAAGGGCACCUGGACCAAGCCAUAGAACAUCUCUCUAAGGCUCAUGCCAUUGCUAUGAGUCACAGCCCAGAGGAGCUGGAGGGGGCUCAGAUCUCCCACAGCCUGGCCCUCAUCCUUUCUGCUGCAGCAGAGCCCCAUCACAAUGAGUCUGCGGGUCAGUACUUUGAGCAGUGUCUGAGCGCAUACAAAAACUCUGUGGGUCCGCAUGGUCCAGCCUUUCUCGCUGCCCAGGAUGAUUUCUGUCGUUUCCUCCUCGUGACUGGCCAGCAAGAGAGAUGUGUGGAGAUCCAGAGGGCUUCUCUCGCUACAAAGAGAUCUACAUUUGGAGAUCUGAGUGUUGAGGUAGCAGACACCCUUCAGCUCAUAGGAAGUGUGGAGAUGACUGAGGGCAGAAUGAAGCAGGCCCACAGGAUCAUGACAAAGUGCCUGGAGAUCCAGAAUUUGUUGUAUGGUCCUCAACAUAAGAAGACAAAAGCUACACAAAAAGCUGUGGACAUGUUGGCUCGGGCACCAGAGGUGGCUGAAGGACAACAGAGACAAGGUAGAAGGAAAACAAAACCUCAAACAUUUUCAGUUGUACCAUCCUUUGGGAAUGAUGGGAACUCUAUGUCCAACUCUUGAAAUGUUCUUUUUUUUGUCACUACAAUAACCUUGCCGGUUUAGAACUACUAAGUAGUACAUAAUUUUAUGUAUCAGGUGAAAUAAGCUAGCUACAAAGAAAUACUCACAAUUAGAAAACAUUCCUGCAGUAGAUUUUUUAAUUCUGUUAAGAUGUCAGUCAGUCUUCACAUAAUGGUCAGAACCUUUUUAAUCAUAGAAAUUCUGCCAUUUGUUCAAUAGAUUGCUGUCAAUAAAAGCAAAAGUGUUGGGGUUUGCAUGAAACACUUAUUGAACAUUUGACUCACUCAAUAUAAUUUAAACAUCAAUGGAUUUUCUUUAUGCUGUUGUAUACAUGUUUUAUACUAUGAAAUGGCACAUGAUAUUCAGAUUACACUGUGUACAUACAUGUAUUUACUUAUCAAAGAUUCCUUAUUAAGCCACAUUUUAAGUGCACUGAUGUUAUAAUGUUUUUUUUUUGUUUACAUUGUUUCAGUUUUUGGAAUGAGAUAAUUUAUGGAAAUAUGCUGUAUCUCAGCAAUUAAAUGCAGCAAACAUUUUUAAAUCGACGUUUCAUAGAUUUGUAACAGUGAACAUGUUCCUUAACGCAUGGCAUUCAGAUUAAACAUUACACUUUCAGUCAAAAA